AAAGGAGACUCAUGUUGAAAUUUCAGCAAGAAACAAAGAACCUUUACGUAAAGCGAAGACAGUUCGUUUCAUAAAUGUAAGAAUCAAUGUUGGAAUCGAACCAACCAGAAAAACCAGAAAUACUAGAAAUUCUGUUCCAUAA